CAAGCUAUUUAGUACUAUUUUCAUUUUUAUCCUUUUUCCUUUUCAAACAUGUCUGGUGUUUGGGUAUUCAAGAAUGGAGUUGUCCGGCUAGUAGAGAACCCCGGCGACUUCCACGGCGCAACCGGUCGCCGGAAAGUGCUCGUACACCUUUCUAGUAAUGAAGUAAUUGCAUCUUAUUCUGCCCUCGAAAGGAAGUUGUACUCUCUUGGAUGGGAGAGGUACUAUGAUGAUCCAGACCUUCUUCAGUACCACAAAAGAUCAACAGUACAUCUUAUUUCUCUACCAAAGGAUUUCAACAGGUUUAAGUCCAUGCACAUGUACGAUAUUGUUGUCAAGAAUCGCAAUGAGUUUGAAGUUAGGGACAUGUAAUAAUGAAUUUGACUUUCUCAAAUGUUGUUUGAUUA